GCGCGUUGCUCCGCGCGAGUGCGGCCAUGUGAUCGAGAGGAUAUGGGUGGGCUGAGGUGUUUUAAAGUUGUGGGGUGGGCACUGGUCGGGUUGCUGUUGGCGUCAUGUCUUGUGGAGGCGAUGGUGGAUCCGGCUCCGACGGAGCUCACGCCAGACGACGGGGCGACGGGCUGCGGUGCCGAUCCCGCCUUUGGAGCUGCUGAAGAGGGCGGAGGUUCCUGUGGCUGUGGCGCUCUUAACCGUGAGCCUUCUGGUGAUCCAAAUUCAGACGAUCUCUCCGCUCAAGCCGAGUCGGCGCAUGACGUGGACAAAUACGCUGCUCAGGCCAAUGGCCAUGGAGAAUCGGAGGAGCAAGCUGCGCUUUUACACUUAUCCGGUGGUGUGUUUACCAUGGGCAGUGAUGAUGGCUUUUUUCCCGAUGACGGUGAAGGCCCAGCGCGCAAGGUGCAAGUGUCACCCUUUUUGAUUGGGGCCCACGAAGUCAGCAAUGCUCGAUUUGCUGCCUUUGUCGCUGCCACUGGAUAUCGCACCGAAGCUGAGCGAUUUGGCAACAGUUUUGUCGUCGAGCAGUUCAUUUCCCCCCGUAUAUCUGCGCAAAUAUCUUCGGCGGUGGCUGCCGCCCCUUGGUGGUUGCCCGUGGAUGGUGCUGAUUGGGCGCACCCCGAGGGACCAGAUACUAAUAUUUCGGGACGUGCCGAUCAUCCUGCCGUGCACAUCUCCUGGAAUGACGCGAAUGCCUUUUGCCGCUGGUCUCAUCCACGUGGGCGCCUACCCACUGAAGCCGAAUGGGAGUUUGCCGCGCGCGGUGGCCUUGAGCACCGUCUUUUUCCUUGGGGCAACAAAAUGCAACCCAAGGGUGAGUUUCGGAUGAACACUUGGCAGUCUGAAAUGAAAAUUCCUACAGACGCCAAUGUUUUCAAGCACAGCUUUCUGCCCAUCCACGAUGGUCAUGCCUAUUACAGUGCCAAGAACACGGCCGAGGAUGGGUUCCAGCUGACCGCUCCUGUCGACAGCUACAAACCCAACAAGUUUGGCCUGUACAAUACCGUGGGGAACGUGUGGGAAUGGACCAAUGAUUGGCACACCCGAGUGCAUAGCCCAGACUUUGUCGUUGAUCCUCGCGGUCCGCCCGCGGGUGACAAGAAGGUCAAGAAAGGCGGGUCGUUCAUGUGCAACAUCUUCACAUGCUAUCGAUAUCGCAAUUCGGCUCGCAUGCCCCUCACCCCGGACUCGAGUGCUGCCAACGUCGGAUUUCGGUGUGCUGCCGACGUCAGUCCAUAAAAGUCAAUUGGCUCGAUGUUUCUGACGCUAAGCGUCUCUGUUUUGUUCUUUCUCCGUGGCAAGCAACUCAUUUCAAUUUAGAAUGAAACG